GAAAGAAAAAUGGCUGUCUAGCGAAAAUCGAGAAAUACGAAAGACGAACGAGUGUGUGACGAUCGAACGUGGGCUCGAAUUAUCGGUUUUUUUUUUCGAACGGAUUAAUAUCGGAGAAACGAACGAAAUUCUAAACGAAAUGACGAUGUACGCUAUGAAACCGAUCGUUUCAUUGCCACGAAUGUCGCAUCGGUCAAAACCGAUGUACGAAAUGCGAAAUAUACACGAGGAAAGAUCAAGGGACGACCAUACGGAAGCCGUGAACGAGACCGUGCCUGAUAUCACUGAGCAGAGUCCACUGCCAGAAUACAACGCGUUGGAAGCUAGGCAGGAAAAGAUACUGGCUCAACUAGCAGAACUCAGAAAACAAGUGUCGACACUUUCUAGUCUAUUGAAGCAAACAAAUCAAGCUGUUACAAUCGAUAAAUGUCAUAAAACUCAGGAUCCAGUUAGCAUAAAUCUUAUUGUUAAUGUGAACCCAAAGAGACCUCCUUAUUUUAUAUCUGCGCUGCAAAAAGUCUGGAAGGACACUGACAUUACAGUACAAACUUAUGUUCAUUCAAGUAUUGGUGGAGAUGUCCCUACAGUUCAUCAAGAAACUAAGGGUUCUCCAAGAAACAAUCUUGUGAAUCUAUCACUGAUCUGGAAAGAUGUUGAAGAUCUGGAAUUUGUAACUGGCCUAUAUGGUUAUCGCAUCACCGGUGAAACGAAUUUGUUAAGAUAUAUAAGUAGGUUAUUAAGUUCGCACAAUUACGAAAAUUCUAGUCUGAACGUCGUGAAUACGAUCGACUUGAUAUUAGAUUUGUGUUAUUCUAUACACUUUCAACAAUCGCUGAAAAAGAAACAAGAAAUCUUGUCUUUAAUAGCUGAUAAGUUAGAUAAAAAUUGGUCAAGUGAAGGAAAGCCAGAUAUAGCAGAUAUCGCAGUAUGGUGUACAAUUAAGCAAGUGUUCCCGAAACAGUGUCCGCCAGUGCUCAAGAAGUGGUUUGAAGCAUGUGAAAAACAUUUUGUAUAAAUAAACGUCUACCGAAUCGAAA